AUGUCUUCUGGAUUUGUCCGUCAGUCAUUUAGUUGGCCAUCUCUUCCAGGAGCUAAUUGGUUUCCAGGUCAUAUGGCUAAAGCUAUGAAACAGACAUUGAAAAAAAUCUCCAAAUAUCAUUGCAUCAUUGAAGUUCAUGACGCAAGAGGUCCUUAAUAAAUUAUUUAUAUUCCUUUAACAGGACGAAACCCAAAAUUUCAAUUAAGUCAAAAUAAAAAAUUGUUAGUAUUAAAUAAAAUGGACUUGGCAGAUCAAAUGAGCAGAGUAACUAAAGUGAUGGUAUUAGGUAUGCCUAAUGUUGGUAAAUCUUCAUUAAUAAAUGCAUUAAGACGUCAUUAUCUCAAAAAGGGUAAAGCAACAACAGUAGGACCAUUACCAGGUCUUACUAGAACAGUCAGUGGUUAUAUCAAGAUUAGCGAUGAUCCUAUUAUGUAUCUUGUUGAUACCCCAGGAAUUAUGGUUCCUAAGAUUACAAGUAGUGAAAUAGCUCUUAAACUAGCAGCUAUAGGAAUGUUAAGAGAUCAUUUAGUUGGUGAGAUAAUAAUAGCAGACUAUAUACUUUAUUCAUUAAAUGUACGUCAAAAUUACAAAUAUACUACAAUCUAUGAUUUACCAGAACCAAGUGAUAAUAUUGACUAUGUAUUAAAAUGUGUUAGUCAAAGAAUACAAGCAUAUCAUAAAG